CCAGACAUGCUAAGAGCAUCUCCACCGGAAAUGUGCUAUGCUUUCUACUUGGAAGACAUCAUAUAUCCCUCUUGGCAAACCACUGAAACAAGAGGAUGAAGUGGAACCACAUGCCGUUGAGAUGAUCUAAAUGUAUGCCAUUGUCAAACUUUGAAAAUGAAAAAGGUAAUCAUACAAAAAAAAUUCAAAGUCUUUAAGGGGAUCAUACAAACAAAUUCAAAGUCUUUGAGGGGAUCUUUGCAGUUGGUGCAAUGACGCAGCUGCUCAGUAUUUAUAGCAACUGCAGCAGAAAUAUUCAAAAUAAACCAGUAGAAUCAUAGCCAAAACCUACAAUUAAGUUAAUCAUAUUUGAAUAUGGAAAACGAGAACACCAUGAAAAGAGAGGCACUAAACAGUGACAGCAGUCAUGAACAACACCAUCAACAAGAGAAAGAAACAAAGAAGAAGAAACUAGUGCUGCUGAUAGUAAAUUGCAUACUCUUAUCAGUAGGACAAGUAGGAGGUCCAAUGAUGCUAAGGCUUUACUACUUACAUGGUGGUCAAAGAAAAUGGUUGUCAAGUUGGUUGCAAACUUCAGCUUUUCCGAUUCUUCUCAUUCCUCUCAUGGUUUCAUGGUUUAAAUCUAAAUCCAAAUUUCAUUCUCAAUCCCAAUCAACAAAUGUUGAUCAUGUAAACCCAGGGUUUCUUCUCACACGUAAACUCUUCAUAUGGAGUGUUAUUGUGGGUAUUAUUACUGGUUUAGAUAGUUUUCUGUUUGCUGUUGGUUACAGUUAUCUACCGGUUUCAGUAGCAUCACUACUACUGGCUACUCAACUAGCUUUUACUGCUGUGUUUGCUUUGAUUCUUGUUAAGCAGAAGUUUACGCCGUAUUCCAUAAAUUCGGUCGUGUUGUUAACUCUUGGUGCUGUUAUUUUGGCUUUUCAUACUAGUAGUGAUAAACCUAUUGGUGUUUCAAAGUCUCAAUACUUCUUGGGUUUCUUUAUGACUCUUGGUGGUGCUGCGCUUCUUGGAUUUAUGCUGCCUCUGAUCGAGUUUGUGUACGCAAAUGCUUGCAAAGUUAUAACUUAUGAUUUAGUGAUGCAAAUGCAGUUUUUAGUUUCUUUGUUCGCUACGGUUUUUAGCACAAUUGGGAUGUUGAUCAAUAAGGACUUUCAGGCGAUAAGCAGAGAAGCCAACGAGUAUGGACUUGGAGAAACAAAGUAUUACAUGGUGUUAGUAUUUACAAGCAUACUGAUACAAUUAUCCAUAGUAGGAUAUCUGGGUGUAAUAUUUUAUGCAACAUCUCUAUUCACCGGAAUUCUUGUGACACUUCUCAUUCCUGUUCAACAAGUCUUCGCAAUUAUUUUCUUCCAUGAGAAAUUCAGUGCAGAAAAGGGAAUGUCAUUAGCUUUAUCUAUAUGGGGUUUUGCUUCUUAUUUCUAUGGCGAAUAUAGACAAACAAAGAAGAAGAAGAAUCGGGAUAAGGUGCCUAUUAGCCAUAAAGAAAUCCCUAGUGAAGUUUAAGAGGUAUUGUUUUGCAAGAAAUUUUGAAUGUAAUUCCUAGCAAAAUAAAUAAAAUUGCACGUCUGUACUUCUAAAAUGGAAAGUGGCAUGUACAAGAUGCACAAUGAUAAAUGACCAAAAUGAAAAGGAGGUCUACACAUGAAAAUCCACUAAAUAUUUGUUUUUCCCACGGUGCAGGAAACCAAAUUUUUGGCCCCAAAGAAGGCUUUACUA